ACAUGCGCAGAACAAGAAGAACAAGAAGAAGAAGAAAGAACUUCCGGGGGUUAAAGGUAAUCUUCGUAUUUGAAAACAUGGAUCCCAGCAAAGUGGAUGAAGCAUCGGGCAAGAUGAGUGGCCAUGGAGACAUUGCAUCUGUCAUGGGAUUCUCUGGGUUUGGUAAGAAGGCCCGCACAUUUGACCUGGAUGCCAUUUUUGAACAGACCCGGCGAACAGCCAUUGAGAGGAGUCAGCAUGUUUUAGAGGAGCGGCAGAAGGCUAGUCAGAUGGAGGAGGAAGGGGAGAGCUCCAAAUCAGUCACAUCGCCAACCCAUACUCAGAGAGACAAAACUAUAGCUGCUUCUUCCAGAAAACAGGAGAGUGAGAGCAGUAAUGACAGUGACAGUGACAGUGACUCAGACUCAGACCUUAUCGGGCCUCCAGUGCCUCCUCAACAUACAACUCAUGAUGAUGAUAAUGAUGACCAUGAACCACGGCCUCAUCCACCAGGUUACACUGGCAGCACGGCUCAAAGUGAUGAAGAUGAUGAUGAUGAAGGGGAGGCGCAAGAUGGCGAUGAUGAUAAUCCAGUGAAGAGGAUUCCAGACACUCAUGAAAUCACCCUGCAGCACGGCACCAAGACAGUAUCAGCUCUUGGGUUAGACCCCUCUGGAGCCCGUUUGGUGACUGGUGGAUAUGAUUAUGAUGUGCGGUUCUGGGACUUUGCCGGUAUGGACCAGUCCCUGCAGGCCUUCCGAUCCCUCCAGCCCUGUGAGUGUCAUCAGAUCAAGUCCCUGCAGUACAGCAUCACAGGUGAUGUCAUCCUUGUGGUUUCUGGCAAUGCACAGGCCAAAGUGUUGGACCGUGAUGGAUUCAACGUCAUGGAGUGUAUGAAAGGAGACCAGUACAUUGUGGAUAUGGCCAAUACCAAGGGCCACACAGCAAUGCUGAACAGUGGCUGCUGGCAUCCCAAGAUCAAAGAGGAGUUCAUGACGUGCUCCAAUGAUGGUACUGUGCGCACAUGGGACCUGAACUCUGAGAAGAAGCACAAGUCUUUAUUCAAACCGCGUUCCUUCCAGGGGAAGAAGGUCAUCCCCACAUGCUGCACCUACAGCCGUGAUGGGAAGCUGAUUGCAGCAGGAUGCCAGGAUGGCACCAUCCAGAUCUGGGACAGAAACCUCAGUGUCCAUACAAAGUUCCAUUGUCGGCAAGCACAUAUUCCAGGAUCAGACACCUCCUGUCUGUCGUUCUCCUAUGAUGGCAUGACUCUCGCUUCACGUGGGGGUGACGACACUCUGAAGAUGUGGGAUAUACGCAACUUCAGGCAGCCUGUGAAAGUAGCUAAUGGACUGACCAACUACUUUACAAUGACUGACUGCUGUUUUAGCCCAGAUGACAAGCUUCUUGUAACGGGGACCUCAGUGAAGAAAGAGGAGGGAAAUGGGAAGUUGGCCUUCUUUGACCGAACUUCCUUUCAGAAGGUCUAUGAGAUAGAGGUCACCAAUGCGAGUGUCAUCCGCUGCCUGUGGCACCCAAAACUUAACCAGAUAAUGGUGGGAACUGGGAAUGGACUGGCUAAGGUCUACUAUGAUCCUGUUAAAAGCCACAGGGGGGCUAUGCUUUGUGUAGUGAAGAGCAAGCGUAAGGAGAAACAAGCAGAGAUGCUAACGCAAGAUUACAUCAUCACACCUCAUGCCUUGCCCAUGUUCAGAGAGGCCCGGCAGCGGAGCACACGGAAACAGCUGGAGAAGGACAGACUUGACCCAAAGAAAUCCCACAAACCCGAGCCUCCUGUGUCUGGACCAGGCCGUGGAGGAAGAGUAGCAGCUCACGGUGGCACACUGUCUUCAUUCAUUGUGAAGAACAUUGCUUUAGAUAAAACAGAUGACAGUAACCCACGAGAGGCCAUCCUGCGCCAUGCCAGGGAGGCCUCAGAAAACCCUUACUGGAUUGCCCCAGCAUACACAGAGACCCAGCCAGAGCCUGUGUUUGCAGAGGAAUCGGAGGAGGAUGAGGAGGCUGACAAGGAACCAGAAUGGAAGAAACGCAAGAUCUGAGGUGCUUCAACAGCAGCUCAUUUUAUAUUGGAUAGUUGACAGAGUGGGCUUGUGGUUGGAUAUACAGCACCACAUGGUCUCAGGAUCGAUCCCUGAACACAGGGUUACUGUCAGAAACUGUGCGUAGGAGCAUCACUUAAAUUACUAAAUUGUACAGCCUCUGCCCUUCCUCCUGUAAUGUGUUUUUUAAGCAUAUAUGUAUUUAUGUUCGUGCGUCUGUGUUGUGUGAAUAGCACAUAAAUGUCAGGCAUUUCCACUGCGAGCAUAUUAUAAUUUUAUACAGGUUUAUGUUCCUCUCAUUGCAAUUUAUCAUCCACUGGAAGAACAUGGCUUUUUAUGUCUAUUUUGAUUAUAUAGACUUUAUUUUUAUCAUUUCUAUUGUCCUCUCCUCCCACAUCUCCAGAGUUUGCUAAUGCCUCAUAAAUCGACUCCAGAUUUUGGGGCCUGGUUCUGUUCAUCGACGACAGAACAGAACAGACUGCUAGUUUGUAAGAAGUAGAUUGUGAAGACGUACAAAAAUUGCAGCCAAUUGUUGUUGUUUUUUUUUUUUGUUUUUUUUUAAAUUUUGUUUUGUUUUUAAAGCUGUACAGUUUUCCUGGAUGUGAUUCAACCAUCUGGUAAUUUAGAUUUUUGUUCUACAUACUGUAUUUCACCUCAAAACCUAAAUAAAAGAACUUGUAUUCUUUUGUCAAGUG